AUGUCGUAUCCAUUUCUGGAAAUACUUUUCCAUACGUAUCAAUCACAGAUUGAAAACAAAGAUGAUGCACUCAUUAUCUUUACACAUUGGUGUAUGAUCUCACAUGGUUUUCAACGACUGAAUGGCAAUCAAAAAACGGAAUUGUUACCCAAUGAUUGGACAAAGAGGUCGGAUAAUUCCAUUACAAUGGAAUAUACGAAGAACGACAUUGGCUACAAUUUGAAAUUAUUUGAUGUUGAAGGCGUUUUCUUUGCUCAUCUGUUUCGGAACAAACAAGGCCGACAUGUAGAAAUCAGUUUUAGUGUUAACGAUCAUGUUCAUGAAAACUACAAAGAAUUUCAAUCGGCUUAUAAGAAUUUGAAUGAUUUGAAGAAAGAAUUUCAUGAAAAUAUCGAAUCAUUAAUGAACGGUAGUUCAGAUUCCAAUACCACUAGUGACAGUACCACAACUGGUAGUGCUCGAACAGGAAGUUCAAGUAAUCAACAGCAACAGCAGCAAACCGGUGCUCGACGUCAAAUUCCUGAUGAUCCUUUGAUCGAUCCUCUAGCUGCUGGUCGACGACCUCAUCCAUAUGCCGGUGCUUGGGGACCGAUUCCCGGUGGUUAUGGUCCUGGUAUGGGCGCCUAUGGUAGUUCGGAUCUUGAUCCAUUUGGACGUAACACUCGAGGAGGAGGUAUGAAUAUGGAUCCAUCUAUGUUUCAACCGGGAAUGAGACCACCCAUGGCUCGAUUUCAACCGCCAGGUCCUCAACGUGGUCCCUAUGGUCUUGAUCCGUUCCAAGAACCAAAUCCUGAUCAUUUACCGAUGCCUGGGUCACAUCUCGAUGACAUGUAUAAUUAA